ACCACCAUUCAUAUAUUCAGAAACAGAUUAAGCCGGACAUUGAUUGUUCUACUCUGCCUGCUUGGAGCUAGAUUUUAUCAUGAAUACAGUACUUGUCUUGCUUUUUGUUCUUUCGGCGUACCAACUGCGUAAGACCGCCGCUUGCGAUGUUUCGAAUGGGAGCUGGGUUUAUGACGACUCAUAUCCUCUCUAUAACGCCUCCAGCUGCCCCUUCAUAUUGGAAGCCUUUGAUUGUGUAGGCAAUGGCCGCCCGGACAAAGACUAUCUCAAGUACAGAUGGCAACCCUCUGACUGCAACUUACCGACAUUCAACGGCACUGAUCUUAUAAUGAGGUACAAAGGGAAGAGCAUCAUGUUUGUUGGAGACUCGCUGAGUUCGAAUCAAUGGCAGUCACUAGCUUGCAUGGUGUACACAUCUACUAGUCCACGGCCCAACUAUACUUUGUUCAGGCAAGGGGAGCUCUCUACAUUCGCGUUUCCGGAGCACAAUGUCCGGCUUUUGUUCUCCCGGAAUCCGCUUAUUGUGGACGUUAUUGGCACCAAGGCGGGGCGAGUCCUCAAACUUGACUCCAUCUCGCUCGAAAAUCAGAAGCUGUGGAGUGUAACCGACGUAGUUAUCUUCGACACAUGGCAUUGGUGGCUUCACGUCGGGAGGAAGCAGCCGUGGGAUGUAAUUCAGGUCGGGAACCAAACCUACGAGGACAUGGAUAGGUUGGUGGCAUAUGAGAAGGCCUUGAACACUUGGGCAACCUGGGUGGACUCGAACGUUGACCCUGCAAAAACCAAGGUUUUUUUCCAAGGCGUCUCCCCCGAUCACGACAAUGCAUCAGACUGGACGCUAAACCCUGAUUCUCAAGCGAUGAACUGCACUGCAGAAACUGAACCACUCCAAGCAAGUUCCCAAUACCCCAGGGCACAUCAAGCGGAGCAAGUAGCGGAGAAAGUACUACGUAGCAUGUCGAAGCCGGCCAGUUUACUAAAUGUCACAACUCUUUCACAGCUAAGAAAAGAUGGGCAUCCCUCUGUGUAUGGCCUUGGUGGGAAGAGAGGCUUAGACUGCACGCAUUGGUGCUUAUCUGGAGUUCCUGAUACUUGGAAUGUGCUUCUCUAUGCAGCUCUUACUGAAAGUUAA